AUGUCUAUUCCACAUUGGUUCAAUGUAAUUUUAUUGAAAUGACGUGGAAACAACAUUGAUUAAAACAGUGUGCCCAGUUGGGACUUGCACUCUUGGCUUGCCCUAUUAUGUGGGUGCCAAAUUGUGACUAUUAGUAGGUGAUUAGGUGAGAAGUUAACUGCACAGCCCAAGGCCAGCCUUAUGUGCCAAACAUGCAUCAGGUCUAGCAUUUUGGCUAGACAAAUCGAAUACACUGAGUUACAGUUCAUAUAAGGAAAUCAGUCAAUUGAAAUAAAUUCAUUAGGCCCUAAUCUAUGGAUUUCACAUAAUUGGGCAGGGGUGCAGCCAUGGGUGGGCCUUGGAGGGCAUAGAGCCACCCACUUGGCAGCGAGGCCCACCCACUGGGGAGCCAAGCCCAGCCAAUCAGAAUUAAUUUUUCCCCACAAAAGGGCUUUAUUACAGACAGAAAUACUCCUCAGUUUCGUCAGCUGUCCGGGUGGCUGGUCUCAGACGAUCCCGCAGGUGAAGAAGCCGAAUGUGGCGGUCCUGGGCUGGCGUGGUUACACGUGGUCUGCAGUUCGGAGGCCGGUUGUAUGUACUGCCAAAUUCUCUAAAACGAUGUUGAAGGCGGCUUAUGGUAGAGAAAUGAACAUUCAAUACUCUGGCAACAGCUCUGGUGGACAUUCCUCCAGUCAGCAUGCCAAUUGCACGCUCCUUCAAAACAUGAGACAUCUGUCGCAUUGUGUUGUGACACAAUUGCACAUUAUAGUGUCAUUUUAUUGCCCCCAGCACAAGGUGCACCUGUGUAAUGAUAAUGCUUUUUAAUCAGCUUCUUGAUAUCGUCACACUGUCAGGUGGAUGGAUUAUCUUGGCAAAGGAGAAAUGCUCACUAACAGCGAUAAACACAUUUGUACACCACAUUUGAGAGAAAUUCGUUUUUUGUGUGUGUGAAAAAUGUCUAGGAUCUUUUAUUUCAGAUUCCAAACUCUCCACCAUGGCCAAGACCAAAGAGCUCUCCAAGGAUGUCAGGGACAAGAUUGUAGACCUACACAAGGCUGGAAUGGGCUACAAGACCAUCGCCAAGCAGCUUGGUGAGAAGGUGACAACAGUUGGUGCGAUUAUUCGCAAAUGGAAGAAACACAAAAUAACUGUCAAUCUCCCUCGUCCUCGUGGAGUUGCAAUGAUCAUGAGAAUGGUGAGGAAUCAGCCCAGAACUUCACAGGAGUAUCUUGUCAAUGAUCUCAAGGCAGCUGGGACCAUAGUCACCAAGAAAACAAUUGGUAACACACUACGCCGUGAAGGACUGAAAUCCUCCAGCACCCACAAGGUCCCCCUGCUCAAGAAAGCACAUAUACAGGCCCGUCUGAAGUUUGCCGAUGAACAUCUGAAUGAUUCAGAGGUGAACUGGGUGAAAGUGUUGUGGUCAGAUGAGACCAAAAUCAAGCUUUUUGGCAUCAACUCAACUCGCCUUGUUUGGAGGAGGAGGAAUGCUGCCUAUGACCCCAAGAACCCCAUCCCCACCGUCAAACAUGGAGGUGGAAACAUUAUGCUUUGGGGGUGUUUUUCUGCUAAGGGGACAGGACAACUUCACCACAUCAAAGGGACGAUGGACAGGGCCAUGUACCGUCAAAUCUUGGGUGAGAACCUCCUUCCCUCAGCCAGGGCAUUGAAAAUGGGUCGUGGAUGGGUAUUCCAGUAUGACAAUGACCCAAAACACACGGCCAAGGCAACAAAGGAGUGGCUCAAGAAGAAGCACGUUAAGGUCCUGGAGUGGCCUAGCCAGUCUCCAGACCUUAAUCCCAUAGAAAAUCUGUGGAGGGAGCUGAAGGUUCGAGUUGCCAAACGUCAGCCUCGAAACCUUAAUGACUUGGAGAAGACCUGCAAAGAGGAGUGGGACAAAAUCCCUCCUGAGAUGUGUGCAAACCUGGUGGCCAACUACAAGAAACGUCUGACCUCUGUGAUUGCCAACAAGGGUUUUGCCACCAAGUACUAAGUCAUGUUUUGCAGAGGGGUCCCUCAUUAAAAUGCAAAUCAAUUUAUAACAUUUUUUACAUGCGUUUUGCUGGAUUUUUUUGUUGUUAUUCUGUCUCACUGUUCAAAUAAUCAUACCAUUAAAAUUAUACACUGAUCAUGUCUUUGUCAGUGGGCAAACGUACAUAAUCAGCAGGGGAUCAAAUACUUUUUUCCCCUCACUGUAUGUGAACCCAUGCCUCUAUGCCAAUGCACUCUCCCAUUCAAAAUUUGCACUUCAGUAAUUAGCAUGAUAAGUUUAUUCAAGGAGGCUUUUGUUCAUCAUGCCUUUCAUUGUGUUCUUAUUUUUAUUUUGUUUCCCUACUCCUCCCCCCUCUUCCUUCUCCCUAUUCUCCAGGCCCUCUCUUUGAUCGUGUUUCCCUUCAUCCCGGCCUCCAACCUCUUCUUCCCCGUGGGCUUUGUGGUGGCUGAGAGGGUGCUCUAUGUUCCCAGUAUGGGAUUCUGUGUUCUCGUGGCUCACGGCUUCAGGAUUGUCUCCCACAAGGGGUGAGUAGGACAGUAGUUAGCUUGGUCCCAGAUCUGUUUGUGUUGUCUGUCUAACAAUGACCAAAGGAUUUGGCAAGACAGCACAAACAGAUCUGGGACCAUUUGGAGUGAGUAGUACCCUUCCAACACAAACUCCCAUGGGGUGUAAUGGGGUAUUAAACAUCUCCCAAGCAUAAAAUAAUCACUUUAACAAUGGACCACUCUCAGGGACGGUCGCUGACAAUAAACCUAGUCUUGGACUAAGAAGCACUUUAAAUUAUCCAAGACUAUGCUUAAAGGCCCAAUGGUGCCGUUUUUAUAUCAAUAUCAAAUCAUUUCUGGGUAACAAUUAAGUACCUUACUGUAAUAGUUGUCCAUUAAAAUGGACAAAAAUGGCUUUUUAGCAAAAAAACUAUUUCUCAAACAAGAAUUUAGCUGGGACUGUCUGGGAGUGGAAAACUUAAAACUAGAUGUUAUUGGCAGAGAGGUUUGGAACUCUCUUUGUUAUUAGUCUACACUGAGUAUACAAAACGUGAAGAACACCUGCUCUUUCCAUGACAUAGACUGACCAUGUGAAUCCAGGUGAAAGCUAUGAUACCUAAUUGAUGUCACUUGUUAAAUCCACUUUAAUCAGGGUAGAUGAAGGGGAGGAGACAAGUUAAAGAAGGAUUUAUGAAUGUUUGGUAUACUCAGUGUAUUAACCAAUUUAUCGCCUGUUGAUGUCACCAGGCAAGCUGAAACUCCCGCCCAUGCAAACAGGCUGAUUAGAAGGUCCUUUGUAGAUUCCAGCAACUAUCAGGAAAUAACACUGAUCAAACGGGGGCUGCGUUUUUCACACAGAAAAAAUCAAAUGCAUAUGAAAUAUCUUGCUGCGUUUUGUAAACACAGAUCUAAAAUGCUCCUUAUUGUAAUUUCUGCUCGGCAUCAGACUAAUGUUGUGCUUCAGUUGCACUUCUCCACUGGAUGAGAAUUCACCAACAGGCAUUCUACCAGCAGACAUCGCUCUGACUGAUGUGUAGUUACUUUUCUCCGCUACUUUUCUCGGUGUAGCCUACUUUUCUCAGGUAAAAUGUAAGACGUAACUUCAUACAAAACAUUAGGAAAUGUAGCUGGCUGCGUUCUUUCUAUGAUAAACAUUCGAAAUAUGAUGGCCAUGCGUCGUCUUCGCAAAAAAUACCUUGCUUUAUCGUUGUAAGCUCAUUUACUUGUGUGGCUGCUAGCCAAAUAGUGUUGUACUUCUGUUGUCAUCUGAUGAAAGUGAAGCUAUUUUCUGUGAAGGAAAACUAUAUUUGCACGCCCCUGAUCACUCUAUUGAAGUAAAAAAAACACUGACUUUCAAUAUAAAAUGCAGGUGAAAUGGUUUAAAAUAGAGAUUUUUUGUUUGUCUGCGUUUUGAAAAUGCAGAUUUCAAAACUCUAAAGGGACCCUUGUCAAAUGUUGUAACACUUUUACAGUGUUAGUUUCAUCAGCUGUUGUACAAUAUGAUACAAAACACAAGACUGCCCUGGACCUUUAAUCUGUGUCCAGGAAACCAGCCCUCAGUGUCUCUCUAGCCACAAUUUCAAACCAAAUUGUACCAACUAGACAGCGUUAUCAAUUUGGAGGGGAUUAUUUGGGUUUUCUAUUCAGUCUUUUACAGUCUUUUAACAGAAUCAACAUUUUUCUAUUUGCUUUUUCCCUUUAUUGACCAGACACAUGAAGAAAAUCUCCUGGCUGAUGAUCGGAGUGCUCCUCACCACACAUACAGUCAAGACCUUCAACAGAAACUGGGACUGGGAAUCUGAAUACACACUGUUCACCUCUGCUCUGAAAGUAUGCCGUCCAGAUCUCCUCAUUCUUGGCCUAACUUACAAUAAACUCGCCACGAUUGUUAUUUUCUUCCGUUGUUCCUCCCAAAUAAACUUUUUAAUUAGACCUAGUACAUAUUUUUUGAAGCUGAACACACAUUCAGUUGUAUUUCUGCUUAGUGCUGGUGAAACAUUUCAACAUGAGACUGGAGUAGGGCUGUUGCGGUGACCGUAUUACCGCCACACCGGCAGUCGUGAGUCAUGACCGCAGUAAAAUUCCACCGUGACAGUUGAGUCACAUUAAUCUCCUCUUAUGCACUGAGGACAUGCGUUGACAGUAUCCAACUCGUUAAUGGCCUGGUACUCUAUUGUCCUUCUAACUACUCUGACAUCAAAGUAUUGUGCUUUUAAAACUCACCUCACUGUGAUUGAUCAAUUUGAAGAAAGAAGUUCAACAACAGGUUAACUCAGUGGAAAAAAAUGGUCAUUGUGGAUGUUGUUUCAAAGCUUAACAACUAAAUGGGCAGGCUUUCUAGGGUGAUGAUUAAUUCAAAACACCCAUACACAUAUUAGAACUUACACAUACAGUGGGGAAAAAAAGUAUUUAGUCAGCCACCAAUUGUGCAAGUUCUCCCACUUAAAAAGAUGAGAGAGGCCUGUAAUUUUCAUCAUAGGUACACGUCAACUAUGACAGACAAAAUGAGAAAAAAAAAUCCAGAAAAUCACAUUGUAGGAUUUUUUAUGAAUUUAUUUGCAAAUUAUGGUGGAAAAUAAGUAUUUGGUCACCUACAAACAAGCAAGAUUUCUGGCUCUCACAGACCUGUAACUUCUUCUUUAAGAGGCUCCUCUGUCCUCCACUCGUUACCUGUAUUAAUGGCACCUGUUUGAACUUGUUAUCAGUAUAAAAGACACCUGUCCACAACCUCAAACAGUCACACUCCAAACUCCACUAUGGCCAAGACCAAAGAGCUGUCAAAGGACACCAGAAACAAAAUUGUAGACCUGCACCAGGCUGGGAAGACUGAAUCUGCAAUAGGUAAGCAGCUUGGUUUGAAGAAAUCAACUGAGGGAGCAAUUAUUAGGAAAUGGAAGACAUACAAGACCACUGAUAAUCUCCCUCGAUCUGGGGCUCCAUGCAAGAUCUCACCCUGUGGGGUCAAAAUGAUCACAAGAACGGUGAGCAAAAAUCCCAGAACCACACGGGGGGACCUAGUGAAUGACCUGCAGAGAGCUGGGACCAAAGUAACAAAGCCUACCAUCAGUAACACACUACGCUGCCAGGGACUCAAAUCCUGCAGUGCCAGACGUGUCCCCCUGCUUAAGCCAGUACAUGUCCAGGCCCGUCUGAAGUUUGCUAGAGUGCAUUUGGAUGAUCCAGAAGAGGAUUGGGAGAAUGUCAGAUGAAACCAAAAUAUAACUUUUUGGUAAAAACUCAACUCGUCAUGUUUGGAGGACAAAGAAUGCUGAGUUGCAUCCAAAGAACACCAUACCUACUAUGAAGCAUGGGGGUGGAAACUCCAUGCUUUGGGGCUGUUUUUCUGCAAAGGGACCAGGACGACUGAUCCGUGUAAAGGAAAGAAUGAAUGGGGCCAUGUAUAGUGAGAUUUUGAGUGAAAACCUCCUUCCAUCAUCAAGGGCAUUGAAGAUGAAACGUGGCUGGGUCUUUCAGCAUGACAAUGAUCCCAAACACACCGCCCGGGCAACGAAGGAGUGGCUUCGUAAGAAGCAUUUCAAGGUCCUGGAGUGGCCUAGCCAGUCUCCAGAUCUCAACCCCAUAGAAAAUCUUUGGCGGGAGUUGAAAGUCCGCAUUGCCAAGCGACAGCCCCAAAACAUCACUGCUCUAGAGGAGAUCUGCAUGGAGGAAUGGGCCAAAUACCAGCAACAGUGUGUGUGAAAACCUUGUGAAGACUUACAGAAAACAUUUGACCUGUGUCAUUGCCAACAAAGGGUAUAUAACAAAUAAUUGAGAAACUUUUGUUAUUGACCAAAUACUUAUUUUCCACCAUAAUUUGCAAAUAAAUUCAUUAAAAUCCUACAAUGUGAUUUUCUUGAUUAUUUUCCUCAUUUUCUCUGUCAUAGUUGACGUGUACCUAUGAUGAAAAUUACAGGCCUCUCUCAUAUUUUUAAGUGGGAGAACUUGCACAAUUGGUGGCUGACUAAAUACUUUUUUUCCCCACUGUAUGCAUAGGUCUAUAUAUGAGCACAAGCCUGAAAAAAAACGGAAUUAAAAUAAUAAUUGUGCUGUUCGUUAUACAAUAGGGCAUAUUAGGGCAUAUUAGGGCGUUAUACAAUAGGGCACCACAGAACAACAUAAACAAAACUGAUUUAAGAUGUCUUUAAUUGGUCUAGCCUAUAUUCCAAAAUUAAACACAUUCUAGUAAUUGUCUUUAGUGUGGACUGUAUUAUUUUGCAUACUGGAUGGACUGAUUACCUUAAGCUACACUCCAAAGUUUCUAUUCAUGAGUCUGGGAGAGAAUGUAUAGGCCUAGGCGAUGCUGUUGGUUCAUUGAUUGUGCAGGGCAGCUUACAGAGUUAGACUACAAUAGUGAAUUUGUAUUGGAUUUUGAAUAGCCUAGUAAUAGGGCAUUUUUUUAUAAUUGCAUACUUAAUAAGGUUACCUUUAGCUACAUAAUAUCUCACCAUCUUGCGUUUCCAUCUCUUCCCCUUUCUCCUUCAUUACAUUCUCAAGCAUGCAGAGAGAGGAGCUGUCAACAGUUUAAUUAUUUUAUUUAUUUUUAUUUUAGUCAUUUAGCAGACGCUCUUAUCCAGAGCGACUUACAGUUAGUGAAUACAUAUUAUUUUUUUAUACUGGCCCCCCGUGGGAAUCGAACCCACAACCCUGGCGUUGCAAACGCCAUGCUCUAUCAACUGAGCUACAUCCCUGCCGGCCAUUCCCUCCCCUACCCUGGACGACGCUGGGCCAAUUGUGCGCCGCCCAUGAGUCUCCCGGUCACGGCCGGCGGCGACAGAGCCUGGAUUCGAACCAGGAUCUCUAGUGGCACAGUUAGCACUGCGAUGCAGUGCCUUAGACCACUGCGCCACUCAGGAGAACAUUAAUGAAAUGUUUCGUUGUGAAAACAUGUUCCUUUCGAUGUUCACGAACAGAUUUCACUUGGUUUCCCAAAGUAAGCACUGGGUAGCUGCAGGAACAGGGUUGGGAAGCCCAUAGCAUACAGAGUUUGGGCGGAAUAUCACCUGUCGCGCAGGGAGAGGCUACAUGCUCCUCAAACAGUGGUUGAUGCAUAGAGUGAAAUAACUGGAGUAGCCUACCUGAACGAACCAAACGCUGGAAAGCGGCUUCCAUUCGCUAUUUGAGUGCACAGGCAGAUUAUGUAUUCUUCCCCCCUGCCCCUGUUCCUGCCAAUUUGAUAACGGGCCGUAAAUCGAAACUAAUUUAACAUAUUAGUAAAGACAAUAUUACAUUGAGAAUAGUCUGAUGGGUGAUCAUAUGAUCACUUGAUGAGAGAACAGCGUGUGCCGCCUGAAGCAAGGAACAGAGCGUAAGCUUUUUUUGCGACUUUUUCAAAUCAUCAAAAGGCUAGAGUCUCAUCAUGCAGCCCAUAUGUUUUAAUUUCUAAGACAUUCUAAGGUUUGUAUCAUUAACAACUAAAGUUGCCAAAUAACUAUAAAUCUAACGUAGCCUAUAGGACCUGUUUCAAAUGAUCACUUUUAUGCUCAACAUAGACUUCAAAUGCGCACUCGCUCCGGAAUGGGACAAAUAUACUUUCUAUUAUAUUCAGCUAAAUUCAAUUAUAUUCUUCUUAAUAUAAAAUCAUAUAAUAUAAAAUAAUGACACAGGACUUAAAAGCAUAUCGUGUCUGCUAAAUGAACAAGCCUACAACUAGAGAACAUCAUCAGGCCAACUCAUUCUGUUAAUCUGAAAUACAUUUUCUUCAUAUCAUGUUUCUUUAGACCUACCUAAAAUAAGUAAUGGAUUUAUUGUCAUGGUGUAUAUAAAAAAUACUUUUUUAAAUGUAGAUGUUCAGCAGCUUGUAUGUGUGGAGGCCUGGAGAUGCUAAAUGUGUUUAUGUAACUUAACGGCCAUUUACCAUGAGACCUGCAGUGUUUUUGCAGGACCGUAACUGGCUGACAAAAUGUCGUUAAAUUUUAGCCAUUUAGCAGAGGCUCUUAUCCAGAGCGACUUCCAAUUAGUGAGUGCAUACAUUUUUCAUACUGGGCCCCGUGGGGACGUCACAUCCCUAGACUAGAGCUCAUCAAUCUUCUUUGUAAUACAAUAUAAUUACAACAUAAAUACACAGUAUAUUAUAAUAUAAUAUGCCAUUUAGCAGACGCUUUUAUCCAAAGCGACUUACAGUCAUGUGCGCAUACAUUUUUACGUAUGGGUGGUCCCGGGGAUCGAACCCACUACCCUGGCGUUACAAGCGCCAUGCUCUACCAAUUGAGCUACAGAGGACCACCCAUACAUAUUGUAACAAUAUUGAGAAAGACAAAGACAUGGAGCUUGUACUUAUUUUUAUUUUCUAUUGAUUGCCUUGUCUCCCCUCAGGUCAACAAGAACAAUGCCAAGCUAUGGAACAAUGUUGGCCAUGCUCUGGAAAAUCAAAACAAUUACGAAAAAGCUCUGAGAUAUUUCCUUCAGGCCACCCGGGUCCAAGCAGGUAAGACUUAUCAUCCUCCCAUUAUAUUGUUGUCUGGUGGGCUUCAAAGUUAUGGUAGAAGAUGAAACGAUGACGAGAUACCAUUGAUUUUGAUCCGUAUAAUAUAAUUCAGUCUGCUCAACGGUGUUAUUGUGGCAAACAUUGAUGUAUUGUGUGAAACUGCACUUAUUGCCUGAGCUCCUUCACAAACGGUCUGUUUUCAACUGAAUCACGCAAAGCUUUACUAAUCGCUUAUACUGCUACAGACAGUAAUUCUGUUAGAGAACAAAAAGGAGUUGUAUUGACCUGGAAAUUAGGGCUUCGUCCAAAAUGGCACCCUAUUCCCUAUAUAGUGCACUACUUUUGAUAUAGCCCAGGGCUCUUCGGACGGACCCAAAAAUUAUUGUUGAGUAAAGCCAUUCAAAUAAAUCCAUGUCUCCCAGAUGUUAUUGCUGGCUGAGGAGAGAUGUUCCAGACACCUCCAGUCAGUUGGUGUGGAGAGAGCUGUUGGUGUAUCUACACAACAAAAACACACUACUUGAAUGUUCACAGGGAAAUGUUCACACUUAACAUGUGUGAUUGACCUUAUCUCAACCAACUUAUAGAACUCAAAAUAGACCUCAAUGUCAUACAGCCUAAUUUAAAGUGGGGAUUAACUGUCAUGCAAGUUAACACGUGUGACUGGGCUGACUCUCAUAGAACUCAGCAUUUAGUGACAACGCCUUUCAUGGAACUCAACACGUGUGACUAUGUAUAGGACAUACAGGGUAACGGAGCUGACUGUCAUACAAGUUAGCGUGUGACAUGGUUGACUUGUAGAACUUAACCUUUCUGUCUGUCCUCAUAUAACUUUUGUGACUGCAGGCAGGGGAAGCAAAUUCAUAUACUGGUUGGCUAAUCUAAAGUAUAGUACUAUGUAACCCUCCAGGUAUGCCUGCCCUCUACCAACAUGGCUUGUGCAUACAGGUCAUGUCAUGGAGCAGGAAACAUGUGCAGUCGCUAGUGAAGGUCUACAUUUACAUUUACGUCAUUUAGCAGACGCUCUUAUCCAGAGCGACUUACAAAUUGGUGCAUUCAACUUAUGAUAGCCAGUGGGACAACCACUUUUUUCCCCACUUUUUUUUAUGAGGGGGGGGGGUAGAAGGAUAACUUUUAUACUAUUACAGGUAUUCCUUAAAGAGGUAGGGUAUCAAGUGUCUCCGGAAGGUGGUCAGUGACUCCGCUGUCCUUGCAUCGUGGGGGAGCUUGUUCCACCAUUGGGGUGCCAGAGCAGCGAAUAGCUUUGACUGGGCUGAGCGGGAACUGUGCUUCCGUAGAGGUAGGGGGGCUAGCAGGCCAGAGGUGGAUGAACGUAGUGCCCUCGUUUGGGUGUAGGAUCAGAGCCUGGAGGUAAGGAGGUGCCGUUCCCCUCACAGCUCCAUAGGCAAGCACCAUGGUCUUGUAGUAGAUGCGAGCCUCAACUGGAAGCCAGUGGAGUGUGCGGAGGAGCGGGUGACAUGAGAGAACUUGGGAAGGUUGAACACCAGACGGGCUGCAGCGUUCUGGAUAAGUUGUAGUGGUUUAAUGGCACAGGCAGGGAGCCCAGCCAACAGCGAGUUGCAAUAAUUCAGACAGGAGAUGACAAGUGCCUAGAUUAGGACCUGUGCCACUUUCUGUGUAAGGUAGGGUCGUACUCUGCAAAUGUUGUAGAGCAUGAACCUGCAGGAUCGGGUCUACGCUUUGAUGUUAGCGGAGAACGACAGUGUGUUGUCCAGGGUCACGCCAAGGUUCUUUGCACUCUGGGAGGAGGACACAAUGGAGUUGUCAACCUUGAUGGCGAGAUCAUGGAGCGGGCAGUCCUUCCCCGGAAGGAAGAGCAGCUCCGUCUUGCCGAGGUUCAGCUUGAGGUGGUGAUCCGACAUCCACACUGAUAUGUCUGCCAGACAUGCAGAGAUGCGAUUCACCACCUGGUUAUCAGAAGGGGUGAAAGGAGAAAAUUAAUUGUGUGUCGUCUGCGUAGCAAUGAUAGGAGAGACCAUGUGAGGAUAUGACAGAGCCAAGUGACUUGGUGUAUAGAGAGAAUAGGAGAGGGCCUAGAACUGAGCCCUGGGGGACACCAGUGGUGAGAGCACGUGGUGCGGAGACAGAUUCUCGCCACACCACCUGGUAGGAGCGACCUGUCAGGUAGGACGCAAUCCAAGAAUGAGCAGUGCCGGAGAUGCCCAACUCGGAGAGGGUGAAGAGGAGGAUCUGAUGGUUCACAGUAUCAAAGGCAGCAGAUAGGUCUAGAAGGAUAAUAGCAGAGGAGAGAGAGUUAGCUUUAGCAGUGCGGAGAGCCUCCGUGACACAGAGAAGAGCAGUCUCAGUUGAAUGACCAGUCUUGAAACCUGACUGGUUUGGAUCAAGAAGGUCAUUCUGAGAGCGAUAGCAGGAGAGUUGGCUAGAGACGGCACACUCAAGAGUUUUGGAGAGAAAAGAAAGAAGGGAUACUGGUCUGUAGAUGUUGACGUCGGAGGGAUCAAGUGUAGGUUUUUUGAGGAGGGGUGCAACUCUCGCUCUCUUGAAGACGGAAGGGACAUGGCCAGCGGUCAAGGAUGAGUUGAUGAGCGAGGUAAGGUAAGGGAGAAGGUCUCCGGAAAUGGUCUGGAGAAGAGAGGAGGGGAUAGGGUCAAGCGGGCAGGUUGUUGGGCGGCCGGCCGUCACAAGUCGCAAGAUUUCAUCUGGAGAGAGAGGGGAGAAAGAAGUCAAAGCAUAGGGUAGGGCAGUGUGAGCAGGACCAGUGGUGUCAUUUGACUUAAUAAAUGAGGAUCGGAUGUCGUCAACCUUCUCCCACAGAGAGGGAGGAGGGAGGGGGAGGAGGAGGAUUCAGCAGGGAGGAGAAGGUGGCAAAGAGCUUCCUUGGGUUAGAGGCAGAGGCUUGAAAUUUAGAAUGAUAGAAAGUGGCUUUAGCAGCAGAAACAGAGGAAGAGAAUGUAGAGAGGAGGGAGUGAAAAGAUGACAGGUCCGCAGGGAGUCUAGUUUUCCUCCAUUUCCGCUCGGCUGCCCGGAGCCCUGUUCUGUGAGCUCGCAAUGAGUCGUCAAGCCACGGAGCAGGAGGGGAGGACCGAGCCGGCCGGGAGGAUAGGGGACAUAGAGAGUCAAAAGAUGCAGAAAGGGAGGAGAGGAGGGUUGAGGAGGCAGAAUCAGGAGAUCGGAGGGAGAAGGAUUUAGCAGAGGGAAGAGAUGAUAGGAUGGAAGAGGAGAGAGUAGCGGGAGAGAGAGAGAGCAAAGGUUGCGACGGCACAUUACCAUCUGAGUAGGGGCAGAGUGAGUAGUGUUGGAGGAGAGCGAGAGAGAAAAGGAUACAAAGUAGUGGUCGGAGACUUGGAGGGGAGUUGCAGUGAGAUUAGUAGAAGAACAGCAUCUAGUAAAGAUGAGGUCAAGCGUAUUGCCUGCCUUGUGAGUAGGGGGGGGACUGUGAGAGGGUGAGGUCAAAAGAGGAAAGGAGUGGAAAGAAGGAGGCAGAGAGAAAUGAGUCAAAGGCAGACAUAGGGAGGUUAAAGUCACCCAGAAAUGUGAGGGGUGAGCCAUCCUCAGGAAAGGAACUUAUCAAGGCGUCAAGCUCAUUGAUGAACUCUCCAAGGGAACCUGGAGGGCAAUAAAUGACAAGGAUGUUAAGCUUGAAUGGGCUAGUGACUGUGACAGCAUGGAAUUCAAAUGAGGAGAUAGACAGAUGGGUAACGGGGAGAGAUGAGGAUUCCUGUGCCACCGCCGCGCUGACCAGAUGCUCUCGGGGUAUGCGAGAACACAUGAUCAGACGAGGAAAGAGCAGUAGGAGUAGCAGUGUUUUCUGUGGUGAUCCAUAUUUCCGUCAACGCCAAGAAGUCGAGGGACUGGAGGGUAGCAUAGGCUGAGAUGAACUCUGCCUUGUUGGCCGCAGAACGGCAGUUCCAGAGGCUGCCGGAGACCUGGAACUCCACGUGGGUCGUGCGCGCAGGGACCACCAGAUUAGAGUGGCAGCAGCCACGCAGUGUGAAGCGUUUGUAUGACCUGUGCAGAGAGGAGAGAACAGGGAUAGACAGACACAUAGUUGACAGGCUAUGGAAAAGGCUACAAUAAUGCAAAGAUCAGAAUGAAAAUAACUAAACAUCUGGGAAAGCGAGAGAGCGGGGCCUCCCUCACUUACGUUUCACUGAAACACUCAAAUAUAACUCUACACACACCUUACACAGUCUUCACAUUUUCUUGCCUUAAAAUGUAAUCUAAAAUGGGAUUACAUUUUUUCCCUACCGAUCUACUCCACAUUUUCAAAGUGAAAGAAAAAUUAUAUACUUUAUAUAUUUUCGACCAAUAAAAACAAAGCAAAAAGAUAUUAGUAUUUUUUUAUACUUAAUGUUAUCAGAUUAUCAGAUUUUCAACCAAAAACUAAUAUUAGAUAAAGGGGACCUGAGUGAACAAAUGACACAACAAUUACAUACUUAUUUAAUAAACAAAGUUAUACAACACCCAAUGCCCCUGUGUGAAAAAGGAAUUGCCCCGUUACACUAACUGGUUGUGUCACCUUUAGCUGCAAUGACUCCAACCAAACACUUCCUGUAGUUGUUGAUCAGUCUCUCACGUCGCUGUGGAGGAAUUUUGGCCCACUCUUCCAUGCAGAACUGCUUUAACUCAGCGAAAUAUGUGGGUUUUUAAGCAUGAACUGCUCGUUUCAAGUCCUCCCACAACAUCGCAAUUGGGAUUAGGUCUUGACUUUGACUAGGCCAUUCCAAAACUUCAAAUGUGUUGCUUUUUAGCCAUUUUCAUGUAGACUUGAUUGUGUGUUUUGGAUCAUUGUCUUGCUGCGUGACCCAGCUGCUCUUCAGCUUCAGCUCACAGACGGAUGGCCUGACAUUAUCCUGUAUAAUUAUCUUAUACAGAGCAGAAUUCAUGGUUCCUUCUAUUAAGGCAAAUCGUCCAGGUCCUGAGGCAGCAGAGCAUCCCAAACCAUCACACUACCACCACCAUGCUUGACCGUUGGUAUGAGGUUCUUACUGUGGAAUGCAGUGUUUGGUUUUCGCCAGACAUAAUGGGACCCAUGUCGGCCAAAAAGUUAUACUUUUGAAUCAUCUGUCCAUAGAACAUUCUUCCAAGAGUCUUGAUGAUCAUCCAGGCGCUUCCAGGUGCUUUUUGGCAAACUUGACUGCAUUUGUUUGCAGUCAUGGCAGCUAAAGGUGGCACAACCAGUUAUUGAGUGUAAGGGGGCAAUUACUUUUUCACACAGGUGAAUUGGGUGGUGCAUAACUUAGUUAAUUAAAUCAAUAAGUAUCAAUUUUUUUUGUUAUUUGUAAACUCAGGUUCCCUUUAUCUAAUACUAGGUUUUGUUUGAAGAUCUGAUAACAUUCAGUAUCAAACAUUUGCAAAAAUAGAGAAAAUCAGAAAGGGGGCAAAUACUUUUUCACGGCACUGUAUGUCUUCACACCCCAGAGUUAAUACUUGACCUUAGGCAGCCAUUACAGCUGUGAAUCGUUUUAAAUAAGAUUCUACCAACUUUGCACAACUCUUAGGUCAACAUACAGUGAAUUCAGAAAGGAUUCAUUUGACCAUACUUAAAUACAUAUUAAAUGUCUGAUUUGUUAUUGUUACCAAUCUACCAAUCACUGUUCUUCUUUAUGAGGCUUUCGAAAAGCUCCCUAGUCUUUGUAGUUGAAUCUGUGCUUGAAAUUCAGUACUUCACUUAGGGACCUUACCAGAUGUUGUAUGUAUGGGGGACAGAGGAAGGGUUAGUUAUUUUAAAAAAAUAAUGUCAACCCCUAUUAGUCCAUGUAACUUAUUAUGUGAUUUGUUAAGCCAAAAUUUACUACUGAACUAAUGUAGGCUUGCCUGAACAAAGGGGCUGAAUACUUAUGCAACGGCUAUAUUUUAGUUAUCUAAUUUCUAUUCUUUUUUUUUUUUUUUUUUUCCUUCCACUUUGACAUUACAGAGUAUUUUAAGUAGAUUGUUGACAAAAAUGGACAAAUGCAUGCACGCACUUAGUAACACAAUAAAAUGUGAAGAAAUCCAAGGGGUCUGAAUACUUUUGCAACUCAGCAAAAAAAGAAACGUCCCUUUUUCAGGACCCUGUCUUUCAAAGAUAAUUCGUAAAAAUCCUAAUAACUUCACAGAUCUUAAUUGUAAAGGGUUUAAACACUGUUUCCCAUGCUUGUUCAAUUAACCAUAAACAAUUAAUGAACAUGCACCUGUGGAAUGGUCGUUAAGACACUAACAUCUUACAGAUGGUAGGCAAUUAAGGUCACAGUUAUGAAGACUUAGGACACUAAAGAGGCCUUUCUACUGACUCUGAAAAACACCAAAAGAAUGAUGCCCAGGGUCCCUGCUCAUCUGCGUGAAUGUGCCUUAGGCAUGCUCCAAGGAGGCAUGAGGACUGCAGAUGUGGCCAGGGCAAUAAAUUGCAAUGUCCGUACUGUGAGACGCCUAAGACAGCGCUACAGGGAGACAGGACAGACAGCUGAUCAUCCUCGCAGUGGCAGACCACGUGUAACAACACCUGCACAGGAUCGGUACAUCCAAACAUCACACCUGCAGGACAGGUACAGGAUGGCAACAACAACUGCCCGAGUUACACCAGGAACGCACAAUCCCUCCAUCAGUGGUCAGACUGUCCGCAAUAGGCUGAGAGAGGCUGGACUGAGGGCUUGUAGGCCUGUUGUAAGGCAGGUCCUCACCAGACAUCACCGGCAACAACGUCGCCUAUGGGCACAAACCCACCGUCGCCGGACUAGACAGGACUGGCAAAAAGUGCUCUUCACUGUCGAGUCGCGGUUUUGUCUCACCAGGGGUGAUGGUCAGAUUCGCGUUUAUCGUCGAAGGAAUGAGCGUUACACCGAGGCCUGUACUCUGGAGCGGGAUCGAUUUGGAGGUGGAGGGUCCGUCAUGCUCUGGGGCGGUGUGUCACAGCAUCAUCGGACUGAGCUUGUUGUCAUUGCAGGCAAUCUCAACGCUGUGCGUUACAGGGAAGACAUCCUCCUACCUCAUGUGGUACCCUUCCUGCAGGCUCAUCCUGACAUGACCCUCCAGCAUGACAAUGCCACCAGCCAUACUGCUCAUUCUGUGCGUGAUUUCCUGCAAGACAGGAAUGUCAGUGUUCUGCCAUGGCCAGCGAAGAGCCCGGAUCUCAAUCCCAUUGAGCACGUCUGGGACCUGUUGGAUCGGAGGGUGAGGGCUAGGGCCAUUCCCCCCAGAAAUGUCCGGGAACUUGCAGGUGCCUUGGUGGAAGAGUGGGGUAACAUCUCACAGCAAGAACUGGCAAAUCUGGUGCAGUCCAUGAGGAGGAGAUGCACUGCAGUACUUAAUGCAGUGCUGAUGGCCACACCUGAUAAUGACUGUUACUCGUUCAGGGACACAUUAUUCAAUUUCUGUUAGUCACAUGUCUGUGGAACUUGUUCAGUUUAUGUCUCAGUUGUUAAAUCUUAGGUUCAUACAAAUAUUUACACAUGUUAAGUUUGCUGAAAAUAAACGCAGUUGACAGUGAGAGGACGUUUCUUUUUUUGCUGAGUUAUUUAUAUAUGUGUAUUUAUAUAGAUUAUUAUUAUUUAUUAUUUUUAUUUUUAUUUUUUACAAAUCUAUACUUAGAGUCAAAUAUCGAUAUAAUAUUGUCUAAGAAUAAUAUUGUGAUACGUAACUGUAUAGAUUUGUUCCUCCAUCACUAUGCCAACGUUGUGCUGUGUAUUGGGUGGUCCUAUUGAAUGGCUGCUUCCCAAAAGUAGUGCCCUAUAUUGGAAAUAGGGUGGCAAUUGGCACACAUACAACGUUCCUCUAAACUCCCUCCGAUCAGCCCAGAUCGGAUGUAAUGUCCAGCCAAGCCACCACGUGACCUGACUGCAUGGCCAUGUACAGUACUACUAAUCCCUAACCCCCAUUCAGGCUUGAUAUCCCUGCCAAGUUGUUGUCAUAGCUAAAGCCAUGUGCUAACCCAUGUGCAUUCUCCUGUGGCAUGUCCCUGCAGAUGACAUCGGAGCCCAUAUGAAUGUGGGAAGGACCUACAAGAACCUGAACAAGUCCAAGGAGGCUGAGGAAGCCUACCUGGUUGCCAAAUCCCUAAUGCCACAGGUAUGUCACAAUGCCAACAAGGCCUCAGCACCCAGGUGUAUUUAAGAGGGAAAACAUCAGUUGUUUGUUAUUCCCAAUGUUUCACCUUAAUCAUCCUUUGAGGGACAUGACAACAAGGGGAAUCCAUAGCUGGGAGGUAACAGCAGCAAGUGGGAAGAAUAGUGUCUCAUUGUUCAUGGUGCCAGGCUUUUAGACAAAAUUCCUCUGUGUUAAGUUGUGUUUUCUAUGUGUUGUCAGCUGCAUUCACAGUUUUUGUAAAAAAAAAAAAAAAAAGUGUAUUUAUCCAGGCAGUCAGUUAUGAACAAGUUCUUUUUUACAAUGAUGUCCUGGCACCUGGUUUAAUCUCUACGCUUGACAGAUCAUUGAUCAACAGGACAAUCUUAAAGGAGCACCUGAGGACUCCUGCCUUUGGAAUCAAAUCUAAUCUAAUUGUAUUCAUCACAUGCUUCGUAAACAAAAGGUGUGGACUAACAGUGAAAUGCUUACUUACAGGACCUUCCCAACAAUGCAGAGAGAAAGUAAAUAGAGAAAUGAUAGAAAAGUAAAACACAUAAUAAUAGAUACACAAUGAGUAACGAUAACUUGGCUAUAUACAAGGGGUACCAAUACCGAGUCAAUGUGCAGGGGUACAAGGUAAUUGAGGUAGAUAUGUACAUAUAACUAGGAAUAAAGUGACAGAUGGUAAACAGUAGCAGCAGCGUAUGUGAUGAGUCAAAAUAGUUUAUGCAAAAUGGUCAAUGCAGAUAGUCCGGGUAGCUAUUUGGUUAACUACAGUAUUUAACUAUUUAGCAGUCUUAUGGCUUGGGGAUAGAAGCUGUUCAGGAUCCUGUUGGUUCCAGACUUGGUCCAUCAUUACCGCUUGCCGUGUGGUAGCAGAGAGAACAGUCUAUGACUUGGGGGGCUGAAGUCUUUGACAAUUUUUAGGGCCUUCCUGGUAUAGAGGUCCUGGUAUAACUUUUUGAGGAUCUGAGGGCCCAUACCAAAUCUUUUCAGCCUCCUGAGGGGGAAGAGGCAUUGUUUUGGACCAUGAUAGAUCCUUAGUGAUGUGGACACCAAGGAACUUGAAGCUCUCGACCCUCUCCACUACAGCCCUGUCGAUGUCAAUGGGGGAGUGCUCGGCCCUGUAGUCCACAAUCAGCUCCUUUGUCUUACUGACGUUGAGGGAGAAGUUGUUGUCCUGGCACCACACUGCCAGGUCUCUGAGCUCCUCCCUGUAGGCUGUCUCAUUGUCGUUGGUGAUCAGGCCUACCACCGUUGUGUCGUCGGCAAACUUAUUGAUGUUUGCUUGUGGCCUUAUACAGCUCAUUGAGUGCGGUCUUAGUGCCAGCAUCGGUUUGUGGUUGUAAAUAUAGAUACACUCUCUUGAUAAAUAGUGGGGUUUACAGCCCUCAAACUCAACUCUGGACCUCGAAGCCAGUUCCACUGCAUUUUUUCAUUGUUCCCCUCUAAUCAAGGACUGAUUUAGACCUGUGACACCAGGUGUGUGUGCAAUUUAUUAUCAGGUAGAACAGAAAACAUGCAGGCUCCGGACCUCAUAGGGUAGGAGUUGAGUACCCCUGGUCUACAGCUUAUCAUCAGGCGAGCAGAACCUUGAGACUUCCUUAAUAUUAGAGAUCUCGCACCAGUUGUUGUUAACAAAGACACUCACCACCCCCGUUGGGCAUACCCAACGCUGCCGCUCUGUCCUGCCGAUACAUAGAAAAACCAGCUAGAAUAUUAUACGUGUCCUUGUUCAGCCAAGUUUCCGAGAAACAUAGGAUAUUACAGUUCUUCAGGUCCCGUUGAUAGGAUAGUCUCGAACGGAGCUCGUCCAGUUUGUUCUCCAGUAGUGCUGAGUGAUUAGCGUUUUUUGGGGGUGUUUUGGUUCGAUUAUUUAAAGAAUAAUCAUGGUUUUCGGUUUCAAUAUUUAUUUUUUGGACAUUAAAUGCACUAUGCAUUAUGUGGGUUGAAUGGGUCAGGAGCUGUCUAAUGCUAACCAGUGCAAAUCAUUCACCUCUAGUCUGUUAUGAUGGAGAGGUUAUGAUGAUGGAGGUCAAUAAAGGCCAUGCCUCUUAUCUGACUUCCUACCCAAACCUUUAUAGUUGUCUCUCAGGAAUUACGUCAACUAAAGGGGCACUUCUACAUGCUUGACAGAUCAUUGAUCAUCAUUUCGAUGUUAAAGGUCUCCUGAAGACUUUGUAAAAGCCUACCUUUGGCAUUAAUUGAUCAUUUAAUAGUCAGUUUAGUAGUCUUAGGUGAUGCUCACCUGUCUAAUGCUUAGAAAUACAGCUCCGUCGCCUCUGUUCUGAUGAGGUUAUGUUGUUAGAGGUCAAUGGGAGGCCGACCUGAUUUCCUACCCCUAUCUCUCAAAGUUGGUUUAUCUCAGGAAUCAAGGAAAUGGCAGUGCCUCAGCCUGGCCUAGUGGUAGCGCUGCAGACUCCAGACUACAUCUCGCUGGCAUCUGGGAUUCAAGCCCUGUCUCAGCCAUUCUGUUUGUGCCUCUCUACUGUCGGUCUCUCUCUUUAACUGCCCAGUUCCCACUAUUCUAUUAUUCAUAAAAAACAUAAUGAAAUAGCAGAUAUUUUAAAUCACUACAAACAUGACUGGUAUGUGAAAGCCCUUUGGUCAUUAUUGGAGGUAAGCGUUGAUGUGGUGCUUCUGUGUCAUUUAUGAGUGACAGUUCCCCCAAUUCAUCCACCUCAAACUUCCAAUGAAAAACAACUUCUGAACUAUGGCCUAUUUGAUUAUGUUAAUUUGAAGGGCCUGACUAUACUUCCCAUGCGAGGGGUCAGCAUUGAAACAAAUGAUGAUUUUGUGAAUAAGCAGCAGGGCUGAUUUCUUUAAUUUUAUCAUCACGAAACGGAACAGGCAAGGCCUUGUCUGAGCUUUAAACAGAUUUUUCAGCUGAAGCAUGCAAGCGGCUGUGGCCAUCAUGUAUCGAUGACCCAUACGGAACAGGAUUUCCGCGUGGGGCCCAAUGAUAAUCGCUUAGAUACACUACACUUAUUUUGAUCAUGCCUAUUUUAUUCAUUGGUUUUCCAAACGAGUUAACUCUCUAUAUCCAGAUUUCUGCUUAUGUCCAGGAAUCCAAAGACUGACAACCCCAUGGCAUAAUACGGUUCUGUGAGCCUGUCGAUGGAGGAAGUCCCUGCCUCAGUCUCUCAUGUUCUCAUGAUUUAUUUGAGAAACUGCGUAAACUCUGAUUCGAUAAAUCAGUUUAGAAAACAUAAAAGAAACAGAGCUUCUCUUCCUCUGGCUGUAUGUGUGGCUAGUAUAGGAAUGUAUGACUGUAGGAUUAUAUAGAAAAAUAUGAGCAUUUUCUUCCAAGAAAAUCCCACUGUGAUGUGAGAUUCCAUGUUGGCCAAGACAGAAGCACAUUGCCCACAUCGGGGCUGUCGGUGGCUUUGAAAUUAUAUUGCUAUGCUAGUUUCCUGCUCAGUCAUUAUUAGGCCUCUAAGAAAGUGACUUGUUGUCUCUUCUGUUGGUUGCUUUGUAAUUUUUUCUCUCUGCCUAGCUUCCCUUGAGAAAAUAAGGCCAUGCCGAAACGUCGGUACAGAUGUAGGAUCUUAAUUUGAGCCAGUUUGCUACAGCAGGAAAAUAAUUCUGCAACAACAGGAAAUGUGAAUUAUUAUGUGGAUUAUAAUUAAUGGAUAUUUUUCGUUAGGGCAAAUCAAGUCUGACAUUUUUAAAGUGGAAAUUACAAACUUUAGAAACCUUUUUAAGCCUUGAAUACACUACAAGUUUGCAUUUCCUGCUGUGCAGGAACAUUUUCAACAACAAAAGUGACCAAAUUAAGAUCCUAAAUUAUGAAUGUACCGUAAGUUCACUCCACAGCUAGCUUGAAAUGUCGCAGAUGGAGCCAUCCAAUUGGUACCUUUUGGGUGGCUCAACAAGUUAGAACGUUGUCAAGGAGGAAGUUCAUGUGUGUUGCGAAGCAGAGGAUCACUGGUUCGAGCCCAGGAUCAGGCAGUCGGACAGUGGAGGAAGCUAAGCUGUUAGCAGCACAUUGACCACCGUAACAGUGGUGCCGUGACCCGGAUGCGCAGUUGGGCUCAGCUUGACGUCUUGGGUCUCUGUGUAGCGAGUUUAAAGGGGGUGAGUGUAACAGAGUUAAGAACGUACCAUAAGCUCACUACAUUCUCUACGUCAUGGGUUCUCAAACUUCUUGGGGCCGGGGACCCCUUUUGUGAUAGCAAGUUCAUCAGGGACCCACUCAUAAUCAGAACACAACUCGAGUGAGAUAGAAAUAGCAUACAAUGAGUUUUACUUUGGUAGUGCAUGGCCGGACAAACCAAGUCUUGGGCCCUGGGAAGAAACAUAUUUUGUUGUCAAAUUGACUGGGGCUGGGCGUCAUUACACUAUUACUGUAGAUAUAUUAAGGACAUUUUCUGAAAUUACAAUGCAAAAAUAUUACAUAUAGCUCCUUUAAAGGGAUACUUCGGGAUUUUGGCAAUGAGGCCCUUUAUCUAUUUCCCCAGAGUCAGAUGAACUCGUGGAUACCAUUUUUAUGUCUCUGUGUCAAGUAUGAAGGAAGAUAAAGGGCCUCAUUGCCAAAAUUCCGAAUUAUCACUUUCAUGUAUUAUUACAUUAAUUUAUUCAUUACAUGUAUUUAUUAAUGUAUUACAUUGUAUUGUAUUACACCCUCUAAAUGUAUUCCAUGGAUCCCUCAGCCGAAAUGUGUUUAAUCUGUUAGUAAUAUUCAUUUAAAAAAAUGUAAUGUAAAAAUAAUUGUAAUAAUAAUAUUUUUAGAUCUGGUCACGGACCCAGAGGUCUGCAGACCCCACUUUGAGAACCCCUGCUCUACGUUCUCUGGUGGUUAUAGUUAACCUGGAAUAGCAAACUAGUGUCCGGUACCCCUAACCUGUCAGAACUAAGUUAACAAACCAAAACAACUGCAAACAUAUAAUAUAGUGUGAUCUAAUAUCUUUCAUGUGGAAUAAGUGUCAUGGAUCAGUUACUGAUCAAUCAUCAACACAUUAGAUAAGGACAAUUGUAUUAUGUUGCCCUUCCAGAUCAUUCCAGGGAAGAAGUACGCCACCCGUGUGGCGCCCAACCACCUGAACGUGUACAUUAACCUGGCAAACCUGAUCCGUACCAACGACUCACGCCUGGAAGAGGCUGACCAACUCUACAGACAAGCCAUCAGCAUGAGGCCUGACUUCAAGCAAGCCUACAUCAGCAGGCAAGGCCCCUUUACUAACAUCCUAUAUCAGUAGGCAAGGCGGUUAAUUUACAGCCUAUAUCAGAAUAAUUAUGUUGGACAAGGCUGUUGACUUUCUCUUAACAUCCUUCAUCAGAAAUCUAUUUAGUGUAUUUACUACCUCCAUCAGGGUGAUGUACAAUCUACAUCAUAACUGUUUACUAACAAUUUUUAGCAUACUGAUAUUUUAAUGGAUACCAUAUACGUCAGUAGGCACUCCAUCAGAAGUUGAAUUAAUUUACAACAUACGUAAGCAGUCCAUUACAUUUAAUUCAGCUUAGGGAAGGGUCAAUUGACUGCUUACGUAGGUUGUAAAUUACUAAUUAGACUUAAAUGAAUCAAUUACAUAAGCAGUCAAUCUAGAUUCUAUGUUGGACUGUGGUGGUCAUGAAAUUUUGUCAGCCAGUUAUUGUCAUGCAAUUGACUGCCGGUCUCAUGGUAAUUUACCGUUAAUUAACAAACAUGGUUAGCAUCUCCAGGCCUCCACACAUACAAGCCUUUGGAACAUCUACAUUUAAAAAAGUCUAAUAAAUCCAUUUAAUGUACACCAUCACAAUAAAUCCAUUAUUUAUUUUAGGCAAGUCCGAAGAAACAUUAUGAUAUGAAGAAAAUGUAUUUCAGAAGAACCGAAUAGGAGUCAGCCUUCUGUAUGUUAUCUGGCUAUAUGCCAUAGGCUGUAGGCUAGUUCAUUUAGCAUUAUAUUAUUUUAUUGUAAAAAAUAAUAUUAUUGAACUUACCUGAAUAAAAUGGAAAGGAUAUUUUUCCCAUUCCGGAGCGAUGCACAUAUGAAGUGGCUAUGUUGAGCGUAAAAGUGAUCAUUUGAAACAUGUCCUAUACGCUAGAUUUAGAGUUAUUUGGCAAAUUUUGUUGUCAAUGAUACAAACCUUGUAUGAAUGUCUUAGAAAUCAAAACGUGUAUGGGCUGCAUGAUGCGACUAUAGGCUAUUGACUAUUUGAAAAGUAGCAAAAAAAAACUUGCAGACCUUGUUCUCUCAUCAAGUGAUCAUAUUUUCAACCAUCAGACGAUUCCCAAUGUAAUAUUGUCUUUACUAAUAUGUAAAAAAAAAAAAAAAGAAUAAUGAAAAGGGGCAGGGGAAAAAAUACAUGUCAUCCCUAUGCACUCAAAUAGCGAAUGUAGACCGCUUUCUCACAGUUUAAAUCAUGCCGGGUAGGCUACUCCGGUUUUAUAGCAGAGCAGCUGAGAAAUAAAUAUAGUACAGCUGGGAUCCUCCUCUUUUUAGUGGCAACCAUCAAAACUCUACUUUCACACAGGAUUGCAUAUAGAAAUGUCUGGGCUUAUAAAAAUACUUUCACUUCACGCAUCAACCACUGAUUGAGGAGUUUGCAGCCUCUCGCUGCGCGACAGGUGAUAUUCCGCCCAAACUCUGUAUGCUAUGGGCUCUCCAACCAUGUUUCUGCAGCUACCCAGUGCUUAAUUUGGGAAACCAAGUGAAAUCUCUUCGGGAACAUCGAUAGUAACAUGUUUUCACAACGAAACAAAUGUAAAUAAAACUGUUGACAGCCCCUCUCUCUACGCGCUUGAGAAAAUAAUGGAGAGAGAGGAGGAGAUGGAAACGCACAGUGGUGAGAUAUUCUGUAGCUAAAUGUAAUGUCAGCUUAUUAAUUAUGAAAAUAUAAACAAUUUCCAAUACUAGGCUAUUCAAAAUCAAAUACAAAUUCACUAUAAGUGUAGGCGAACUCUGUAAGCCGCCCUGCACAAUCAAUGAACCAACAGCAUUGCCUACGCCUAUAUGUUCUCUCCCAGACUCAUGGAUAGAAAGUAAUAAUCCAUACAGUGCCUUGCAAAAGUAUUCAUCCCUCUUGGCGUUUUUUCCUAUUAUGUUGCAUUACAACCUGUAAUUUAAAUGGAUUUUUUAUUUGGAUUUCAUUUAAUGGACAUACACAAAAUAGUCCAAAUUGGUGAAGUGAAAUGAAACAAAAAAUAAAUAAAUAAAGGAAAAGUGGUGCGUGCAUAUGUAUUCACCCCCUUUGCUAUGAAGCCCCUAAAUAAGAUCUGGUGCAACCAAUUACCUUCAGAAGUCACAUAAUUAGUUAAAUAAAGUCCACCUGUGUGCAAUCUAAGUGUCACAUGAUCUGUCACAUGAUCUCAGUAUAUAUACACACCUGUUCUGAAAGGCCCCAGAGUCUGCAACACCACUAAGCAAGGGGCACCACCAAGAAAGCGGAACCAUGAAGACCAAGGAGCUCUCCAAACAGGUCAGGGACAAAGUUGUGGAGAAGUACAGAUCAGGGUUGGGUUAUAAAAACAUAUCCGAAACUUUGAACAUCCCAUGGAGCACCAUUUAUAUCCAUAAUAAAAAAUGGAAAGAAUAUGGCACCACAACAAACCUGCCAAGAGAGGGCUGCCCACCAAAACUCACGGACCAAGCAAGGAGGGCAUUAAUCAGAGAGGCAACAAAGAGACCAAAGAUAACCCUGAAGGAGCUGCAAAGCUCCACGGCUGAGAUUGGAGUAUCUGUCCAUAGGACCACUUUAAGCCGUACACUCCACAGAGCUGGGCUUUACGGAAGAGUGGCCAAAAAAAGCCAUUGCUUAAAUAAAAAAAUAAGCAAACACGUUUGGUGUUCACCAAAAGGCAUGUGGGAGACUCACCAAACAUAUGGAAGAAGGUACUCUGGUCAGAUGAGACUACAAUUGAGCUUUUUGGCCAUCAAGGAAAUCGCUAUGUCUGGCGCAAACCCAACAUCUCUCAUCACCCCGAGAACACCAUCCCCACAGUGAAGCAUGGUGGUGGCAGCAUCAUGCUGUGGGGAUGUUUUUCAUCGGCAGGGACUGGGAAACUGGUCAGAAUUGAAGGAAUGAUGGAUGGCGCUAAAUAUAGGGAAAUUCUUGAGGGAAACCUGUUUCAGUCUUCCAGAGAUUUGAGACUGGGACGGAGGUUUACCUUCCAGCAGGACAAUGACCCUAAGCAUACUGCUAAAGCAACACUCGAGUGGUUUAAGGGGAAACAGUUAAAUGUCUUGGAAUGGCCUAGUCAAAGCCCAGACCUCAAUCCAAUUGAGAAUUUGUGGUAUGACUUAAAGAUUGCUGAACACCAGCGGAACCCAUCCAACUUGAAGGAGUUGGAGCAGUUUUGCCUUGAAGAAUGGGCAAAAACCCAGUGGCUAGAUGUGCCAAGCUUAUAGAGACAUACCCCAAGAGACUUGCAGCUGUAAUUGCUGCAAAAGGUGGCUCUACAAAGUAUUGACUUUGGGGGGGUUGUCUUAGUUCUUGUUUGUUUCACAAUAAAACAUAUUUUGCAUCUUCAAAGUGGUAGGCAUGUUGUGUAAAUCAAAUGAUACAAACCCCCCAAAAAUCAAUUUUCAUUCCAGGUUGUAAGGCAACAAAGUAGGAAAUAUGCCAAGGGGCGUGAAUACUUUCGCAAGCCACUGUAAUACAGUCCACACUGGGGGGGGGGCAAGAAGAAAGGAAGCAAGAAACAUAUUAUCAUUAAAGGCACAGCGCAGUAAAAAACAUGACUUUCCUGUGUUUUAUAUAAAUAUUUCCACACUAUGAGGUUGGAAUAAUACUGUGAAAUUGUGAAAAUUAUGAUGCCCUUUAAGUGUAAGAGCUGUUUGAAAAUAAAUUAGUUAAUAGACCAAUAAGAAAGAGUUCCAACCCUCUCUGCCAAUAACAGAUCGUUUUCAAUUUCCCCCCUCCCCACUCAGACCACUCCCAGACAGUCCUAGCAAAAUUCUUGCUUGAGAAAUUGCUAUUUUCUAAGAAUCUAUUUUUGUUUAUUUUUGAAAACAAUCAUAGUAAGGUUCUUAAUUGUUACCCAGAAAUGAUUUGAUAUUGAGAUCAAAACGGCUGCAUUGGUCCUUUUAACAAACGAUGAUAGAGAAUUUGUGUAGAUAAGAUGACAGUUAUGAUGAUUAAUUUUUUAUAGACAGUUGUGAAGGUGAGCUUUAGAUUUGGCUUAAUUUCACUUUUCUUUCUGUGCAAACCCAGAGGGGAGCUGCUGCUGAAGAUGAACAAGCCGUCCGAGGCCCGGGACGCCUACCUGCGGGCCCUGGAGCUGGACAGAAACAAUGCUGACCUGUGGUACAACCUGGCCAUCGUCAACAUCGAGAUGAAGGAGCCCUCAGAGGCCCUGAAGAACUUCAACCACGCCCUGGAGCUCAACCCAAACCACAAACUGGCCCUCUUCAACUCUGCCCUGCUCAUGCAGGAAUCCGGUAAGUGACUGAGGCUGAGCAGACUAGGGUUGUAUUCAUUAGUGCACAUCGUAGCAAAACAUUUUGCAAUGGAAAACUAAAAUAAGCAUUUGUUAUUACACUUCCUAUUUCGGCCCGUUUGCUUCCGUUUCGCUGCUAGUGAAUACGACCCAGGCUCAACCAGAGCACGUAGCAGUUGUUUUGUUAACCUUUAUUUAACCAGGAAGUCCCAUUUGAAAUGUAGAUUGUCAAUCAACAAUUAAUCACUCAUCUUGUCAUAAAUAAACAUUAACAGAUAAGAGAUUAGGGGCUCUAUUUUUGGCUGGCGUCAAGACAGCGCAAUUGUCAAACGCACACUUGUUUGCAAUUUCGACCUGUUAAAGCUGUCUCUCUUCUAUUUUCAAACCGUAGCGUCAGGAUUGGUAGUUUACCUUUCUUAAAUGAGCUCGCUUGCGCGGAGGUUGGAGGGGUGGCAAUAUCUGAGGUGUGUACUUAAAAGCGUGCGCCAAACUGCCAAUUUCAGUAUGCGCUGGUGGGGAUAUUUUAGACCAACCGAAAGCUGGUCUAAGUGGUAACACGGUUGGUUAUGGCAUGGAUUUUGACAACGGAAGCGCAGCCUAUCCAGCCGUGACGCACAGUGCCCUCUUAUUAUUUUGGUUGUGCAUAAAAAAAACUCCAUGUAGGCUAUAUGGCCAUCAUAGAAUGAGAGAUGUGAUAAUCCAGUGACACUCCUAUUUAGAAACAUUUUAAAUUGUUUUCCUUUUUUGUUUGAUAAAAAAAAACAAGCCCUUAGUAGGCUACACUUGGUUCCACAGCAGUGUGUCUGGUGUCUUUCCUAUCCUGGCCAUGCAUUAGCCAGGUAGCCUACUAUCCAUGAAAAGUUUCUUAAUGGUCUACUUGUGAGGCUUUUGCCGACAUGCUUUGCAUUAUUCACAAUUCACAUAGGCCUACCUGCAGUGCAUUUUCCAUUCGGCUUGGAUCCAUCCCUAUUUCCAAAGAGCGCCUCUUGUCUGGUUACAAAAGGCGCGCUCCUCCAAACAUAGGCUAUUCAGUCUAUAACGCAAUAUCAACGGUAGGCCUAGGCUAUAUCUUGCUUAUUGAGAACGUGCCUCACACAUACAAUACAAUUUACGGGAGCCUAGUAUUUUUUAUUUGAGGAGAAGUGCAAUGCGUAAAGGCCUAUACUCGUUGAAGCCAAUUACAACAAUGUUGACUCCAAACAUUGAUGUAUUUUCUUUUUUACUGUUGCUAUUACACGCUAGACUAUGUUAUUUAAUAAACUGUAGUAUUAUUCCACAAUGGACUAGGAGGAUAAUAUUUUGUGUCCCCAGCCAAAUUGGAGUUGAUGACAACGCAAAGACCGUCAGUAACCUACAGAACUUGAGACAAACGCAUGCAGUAUUAAGCUAUGGAACGCCUUGUUGGACCAGUGAGUGGCCAAGCCCUCGUCUCACACCUACAACUUAUUUAUUCAUUGAAACCCAACCCUUUCACACCACUGCCAGCUAUUGCGCUCAUAAUAAUGGCUGUGAAACUAGCACAAAUAUUUCUGACACCCCCGGACCUGUAGCGCUAUCGCCAGUGCUUAGAUUGACCAUUGCGUUAGGUUUGUUAAAAUAGAGCCAUAGUACUCUAAAACCCCCCUCUCCUCCUCCUCCCUCCCCCCCCCCCCCCCCCUCCUCCUCCUCUCCCCCCCCCCCCUCCGCCUCCUCUCUCAUCCCCCCCCCCCUCCUCCUCCCUCCUCUCUCCUCCCUCUCCCCCCCUCUCCUCCUCUUCUCUCCUCCCUCUCCCCCCCCCCCCCCCCUCCUCCUCCUCUCCCCCCCCCCUCCUCCUCCUCUCCCCCCCUCUCCUCCUCUCUCCCCCCCCGUCUCCUCCUCCCCUCCUCUCCCCCCCCCCCCUCUCCUCCUCCCCCCCUCCUCCUCCCACGUUUAUCGACAAAUCACACCUACCUCAAUGACUGUUGUUGUUAUGCCCUAACCGUUAUGUUUGUGUGCAUUUUUCUGUGUCUGUGUGUGUUUUACAGGUGACCCCAGGUUCCGUCCGGAGGCCAACCGUCGUUUCCUGACCUACAUCCAGGAGGAGCCAGACGAUGCCAACGGCUACUUCAACCUGGGGAUGCUGGCCAUGGACGCCAACGAGAACGCUGCGGCCGAGCGCUGGAUGAGGGAGGCCAUCCGUCUACAGACGGGCUUCCGCAGCGCCCUCUUCAACCUGGCCCUGCUCUACUCGCAGUCUCGACAGGAGCUGGAUGCCUUGCCUGUAUUAGACGAGCUGCUGCGCCACCACCCAGAGCAUGUUAAAGGUUUGAUUCUCAAGGGGGAUAUCCUGAUGAACCACAAGAAGGACACCCAGGGGGCCAAGGUCUGCUUCCAGAGGAUCCUCCGUAUGGACCCCACCAACGUGCAGGGGAAACACAACCUGUGUGUGGUCUACUUCGAGGAGCGAGACCUGCCGAGAGCAGAGCGCUGCCUGGAGGAGACGCUGGCCCUGGCCCCCCAUGAGGAGUACGUACGCCGCCACCUGGGCAUCGUGCGUGGCAAGAUGGCAGCCAUGUCUGCGGCAGGGCAGCCGCUGAGCCAAGCGCCAGCAGAGGGCGCAGCUACAAUAGCCAAGGAGGAGGAAAAUAAGCUGGGAAAGGAGGAGGAGGAAGUGAGCGGAGCCACCGGCAGCGAUGGGGUUGGGGAGGGUGCCGGGAAUAAGAAGAAUGUGCGGAAAUCCUCCUCGGCAAAAAGCUUUCAAGGUGGCGGCGAUAGCCAAUCAGAGCAUCUGGAUGGCGGCCAGGCUGACAAGCAGCAGAGGACUAAGAGCAAAUCCACAAAAGAGAUUAAAGAUAUAGAGAAGAAACGGGCGGCCGCCUUGAGGAGACUGGAGGAGAUUGACCGCAUAUUAAGCGGUGAUUAA